AUGCCUUCCUUUCAGGCCACCGUCCUUAGUCACGAUGACCCACAGCCAAAACUUGACCAUGCCUCAAACCUCAUCCUCAUCGACAAUUAUGACUCUUUUACAUAUAACGUAUCCCAGUACCUUGUGCUCGAAGGUGCCACUGUCCAGGUCGUUCGCAAUGACCAAAUAACGCUUGAUGAUUUGAUCAAUCGAAACCCAACCCAGUUGGUCAUAUCGCCCGGACCAGGUCAUCCGUUGACUGACUCCGGAGUCAGCAGCGAAGCCAUCAAACACUUCACUGGCAAGAUACCGAUUCUCGGCGUAUGUAUGGGCCAGCAAUGCAUGUACACCACGUUUGGCGGAACCGUGGCCUCGGCCAAUGAAAUCCUCCAUGGAAAGACCUCGGACAUUCUCCACGACCGUAUUGGCGUCUACAAGGAUGUCGAUCAAUCCAUCCCUGUUACCCGAUACCAUUCCCUUGCAGGCACAUAUGAGACCCUACCAUCAUGCCUCGAAGUUACAUCCUGGACUGGAGACCGGGGCGUCAUUAUGGGUGUUCGUCAUAAGGAAUUCGUCGUAGAGGGCGUUCAGUACCAUCCGGAGAGCAUUCUGACUCUCGCUGGCCGUCAAUUGUUCAGGAAUUUCCUGAAAUGGAAAGGAGGGAAAUGGUCCGAUAACGACCCAACGUUAAUUGGCGAUGUUGGACAUAGCAUUGCAUAUCAAGAAUGGAGGAGAACACAUCAAACCGCCAUUUCCGCUAAACCAUCAGAGCCAUCCAUCCUGGACAAGAUAUAUGCAGAUAGAAAGCGAAAGGUUGCAAUCCAGAAGCAAAUACCCGGCCAGCGGCCUGAGGAUUUGCUACAAAUCUCUGAAAUGCAGCUGGCUCCUCCCCUAAUAGACUUCCCCCAGAGGCUUAGAAACUCCCCAUAUCCACUCGCCCUGUUGGCAGAAGUCAAACGAGCCUCGCCAUCCAAAGGUAUCAUCGACAUUAACACUAAUGCGGCAGUUCAAGCACGCCGGUAUGCACUCUCUGGUGCCGCAGCUAUAUCGGUUCUUACCGAACCAGAGUGGUUCAAAGGCUCCCUCGAAGACAUGAGAAAUGCCCGAGCCGCUGUAGAUGGCUUAACAAACCGACCUGCUAUUCUACGCAAAGAGUUCAUAUUCGACGAAUACCAAAUUCUUGAAGCCCGUCUUGCCGGUGCUGAUACUGUCCUCCUCAUCGUUAAAAUGUUAUCUGACGAUCUGCUUGAACGGCUUUAUAAAUAUUCUUUAAGCCUAUCCAUGGAGCCUCUCGUCGAGGUUAGCAGCGCAGAAGAGAUGACCAAGGCGCUCAAAUUAAACGCCAAGGUUAUCGGGGUCAACAACCGUGACCUCCAUUCUUUCAAUGUGGAUCUCGGAACCACCAGUUCGUUGGUUUCCAUGGUUCCUAAGGAUACUAUUCUCAUAGCUCUGAGUGGGAUCUCGGAGCGCAAGGACGUAGAAAGGUAUGAAAGGGACGGAGCACAUGCGGUACUGGUUGGGGAGAGCCUGAUGAGGGCGGGGGAAAAACCUAAGCCAUUCAUUGAAAAGCUUAUGUCCUCGGGUUCCUCGGGUGCCCCCGAAAUCCCACAAAAGAAGCUCUUGGUCAAGAUAUGCGGGACAAGGACAACGGAGGCAGCCAAGAUUGCAGCUGAACACGGCGCUGACCUUGUUGGAGUAAUCCUUGUCGAAGGCUCCAAGAGAUGUAUUGAUCUCGCAACAGCGUCUCAAAUAUCCGAAACUUUAAGAAUAACAGAGAAAGGGGGGGCCUCUUCCACAGCGCAAGAGGUGGAUUCCGGGGAAACUAUUACGGAAGACUUCUUCAAACACCAUCUUCGCAAUACGCUAUCACAUCCAAGGCGGACCUUGUUGGUGGGUGUUUUCCAAAACCAACCGCUUUCAUACAUUCUCCAGGCCAUCCGCAUAGCUUCGCUAGACGUUGUACAACUGCACGGACAGGAGCCUAUUGAAUGGGCGAAACUAAUCCCUGUGCCGGUUGUGCAUGUGUUUAAACCUGGCGAAGCAGGCCUUGGGACCCGCGGUUAUCACGUUGCCCCGUUAUUGGAUGCAGGUAGUGGUGGCUCAGGAAGUUCUCUUGAUAUCUCCGAGGUUCAAGCAACUCUAGAUUCAGGGGUACCUGCGAUGCUAGCAGGUGGUUUGUCUCCGGAUAACGUCAAAGAUCUCAUCAAUAGGCUUGGGGGCUUGGAAAGUAAUUUAGGAGGGGUUGAUGUCAGCAGCGGGGUAGAGACCAAUGGCGAAAAAGACCCUGAAAAGAUCAAAAGGUUCAUAGCUGAAGCCAGGAGUGAUUUAAGCUUACUUGGGAGUUGCUAA